UUUAAUCCUUCAAAAUCUUUAUUUAUAUUUAUAUUAAUUAUUAGAAUUUUAAUUACAUUAUCUUCAAACUCUUGAUUAGGGAUUUGAAUAGGCCUAGAAAUAAAUUUAUUAUCUUUUAUUCCCCUAAUAAUCGAUAACAAAAACUCUUAUUCUAGAGAAGCCGCUCUAAAAUAUUUCUUAACUCAAACAAUAGCUUCUUCAAUUUUUCUUUUUUCAAUUAUUUUUUUUUUAAAUUUAAAAACUAUUAAUUUUAAUAUUUGAAAUUAUUCUACUUGAAUUAGCCUCCUUUUCAUUAAUUUUUCUAUAUUAAUUAAGGCAGGUUCUGCCCCCUUUCAUUUUUGAUUUCCUUCAGUAAUAAACUGUUUAUCUUGAUUUAAUAACUGAAUUCUUAUAACUUUUCAAAAAAUUUCUCCUUUUAUUAUUAUUUUUUAUUCAUUUAAUUUUUAUAUUAACAUAAUUAGAUUAAUUUUAUCGCUUUUAAUUGGUGCUUUAGGGGGAUUUAACCAAACCUCUUUACGAAAAAUUAUAGCUUACUCUUCAAUUAAUCAUCUAAGAUGAAUACUUUCUAGAAUAUUUCACUCUAAAAUUUUAUGAAUAAAUUACUUUAUAUUUUAUUUUUUUUUAACAAGCUCAAUUAUUUUACUAUUAAAUUUUUUUAAUAUUUUUUUUAUUAAUCAAUUAUUUUUAUAUUUUAAUAAAAAUUUAAUAAUUAAAUUUUCUUUAUUUUCUCUUUUUUUUUCUUUAAGAGGAAUUCCUCCAUUUUUAGGAUUUUUUCCUAAAUGAAUAAUUAUUGAAUUUAUAAUUCAUAAUAAUUUCAUUUUUAUUUUAUUACUUUUAGUCACUAUUACUCUUUUAACUUUAUAUUUUUAUCUUCAAAUUACUUAUUCUGCUUUUUUAAUUAAUUCAUGAAAUAUAAAAUGAAAUUUUAAAUUUUUAAAUUUUAAUAUUUUUAAUUAUCAAAAUUUAUAUAUAUAUAUUAUUAUAUUUAUUUCAAUUUUUGGUUUAAUUAUAAUUUCAAUUUUUUUUAACUAAGAUUUUAAGUUAAAAAAAACUAAUAACCUUCAAAGUUAUCAUUAAAAAAGAUUUAAAUCUUAUAUAUAAUAAUAUAUAAAGUUUUAAUAUUAUUUAAUAAUAUACCAUUAAAUUUGCAAUUUAAUAUCAUUUUUGAAUAUAAAACUUAUAUUAUUAAUUAAAGAAUUAAAAAAUUCAUUUAUAGAUUUACAAUCUACCGCCUAACUUCAGCCAUUUAAUCGCGACAAUGAUUAUUUUCAACAAAUCAUAAAGAUAUUGGUACAUUAUAUUUUAUUUUUGGAGCUUGAGCUAGAAUAAUUGGAACUUCUCUUAGAAUUUUAAUUCGAGCUGAACUAGGUCAUCCAGGAUCAUUAAUUGGAAACGACCAAAUUUAUAAUGUUGUUGUUACUGCACAUGCCUUUAUUAUAAUUUUUUUUAUAGUUAUACCAAUUAUAAUUGGAGGAUUUGGUAACUGACUAAUUCCUCUAAUAUUAGGAGCCCCAGAUAUGGCCUUUCCUCGUAUAAAUAACAUAAGAUUUUGACUUCUUCCCCCCUCUUUAUCUUUAUUAUUAACAAGAAGAAUAGUUGAAAUAGGGGCAGGAACAGGAUGAACUGUUUAUCCUCCUUUAUCUAGAAAUAUUGCCCAUGCAGGAGCUUCUGUUGACUUAGCUAUUUUUUCUCUUCAUCUAGCCGGAAUUUCCUCAAUUUUAGGAGCCGUAAACUUUAUUACCACAAUUAUUAAUAUACGAACAACAGGAAUCUCUUUUGAUCGAAUAUCUCUUUUUACUUGAUCUGUUAUAAUUACAGCAGUUCUAUUACUUCUAUCUCUCCCUGUUCUAGCAGGAGCUAUUACUAUAUUAUUAACAGAUCGAAACCUAAAUACAUCUUUUUUUGAUCCUGCUGGAGGAGGAGACCCAAUUUUAUAUCAACAUUUAUUUUGAUUUUUUGGCCACCCUGAAGUCUAUAUUUUAAUUUUACCAGGAUUCGGAAUAAUUUCUCACAUUAUUAGAAACGAAAGAGGUAAAAAAGAAACAUUUGGAACUUUAGGAAUAAUUUACGCUAUACUAGCAAUUGGACUUCUUGGUUUUAUUGUUUGAGCACAUCAUAUAUUUACUGUUGGAAUAGAUGUUGAUACCCGAGCUUAUUUUACUUCUGCAACUAUAAUUAUUGCAGUUCCUACAGGAAUUAAAAUUUUUAGUUGAUUAGCAACAAUCCAUGGAUAUCAAUUAUCAUAUUCUCCUUCUUUAUUAUGAGCAUUAGGUUUUAUUUUUUUAUUUACUGUUGGUGGAUUAACAGGAGUUAUUUUAGCAAAUUCUUCUAUUGAUAUUAUUCUUCACGAUACAUAUUAUGUUGUUGCUCAUUUUCACUAUGUAUUAUCUAUAGGGGCUGUAUUUGCUAUUAUAGGAGGGUUUAUUCACUGAUAUCCUUUAUUUUCAGGGUUUAACAUAAACUCAUAUCUUUUAAAAAUUCAAUUUUCAAUUAUAUUUCUAGGAGUAAAUUUAACCUUUUUCCCUCAACAUUUUCUUGGAUUAGCAGGAAUACCUCGACGAUACUCAGACUAUCCAGAUAUUUAUACCUCAUGAAAUAUAAUCUCUACUCUUGGUUCAUCAAUUUCUCUUUUAAGAAUUAUACUAUUUAUUUAUAUUAUUUGAAAAAGAAUAAUUUCAUACAAUCAAAUAAUUUUUCCUAUUCAAAUUAACUCAUCAUUAGAAUGAUUUCAUAACAUUCCUCCAGCAGAACAUUCAUAUUCUGAAUUACCUAUUUUAUAUAAUUAUCUAAUAUGGCAGAUUAGUGCAAUGAAUUUAAGCUUCAUAUAUAAAGAACCUCUUUUAUUAGAAAAUGGCAACAUGAUCAAACCUUAACCUUCAAGAUAGAGCAUCUCCUUUAAUAGAACAACUUAUUUUUUUUCAUGACCACACUCUUAUAAUUUUAGUUAUAAUUACUAUAUUAAUCAGAUAUCUAAUAAUUAUAUUAUUUUUUAAUUAUUUUACAAAUAAAUUUCUCUUAUCAGGACAAAUAAUUGAAAUUAUCUGAACAAUUAUCCCUGCAAUUAUUCUUCUAUUCAUUGCCUUCCCUUCACUUCGUCUUCUUUAUCUUUUAGAUGAAAUUAACUCUCCUUCAAUUUCUUUAAAAACAAUCGGACAUCAAUGAUAUUGAAGUUAUGAAUAUUCAGACUUCAAAAUAAUUGAAUUCGACUCUUAUAUAAUUCCUAAUAAUGAACUUAAUAAUUUUAACUUUCGAUUACUUGAUGUAGAUAAUCGAAUUAUCCUUCCUAUAAAAUCUCAAAUUCGAAUUAUUGUAUCUGCAACUGAUGUUCUUCACUCUUGAACAAUUCCAUCAUUAGGAGUAAAAAUCGAUGCUUCCCCUGGACGAUUAAAUCAAACAAAUUUUUUAAUCUAUCGUCCAGGCUUAUUCUAUGGCCAAUGUUCAGAAAUUUGCGGAACUAAUCAUAGUUUUAUACCUAUUGUAAUUGAAGCAAUUAAAUUAAAUUACUUUAUAAACUGAUUAAAAAACUAUAACUAAUC